UUGUCAUGCGCAUCCCGCGCUACGCAUCCUUGCAUCCUCGGCUCGUGCCCUUCAUCUUUCUUCUCCAAUAUGCCCACGUCUAUUUCCUGUAUGUACAUAUAGUCGGAAACUACAUACUACAAGGCUUUGCUCAUUACAACUGCCGUAUCGUCUUCCCUCACUGGAGUUGCUAUACACAGAACUCGCAGCAUAAGGGCAACCAGCCACCAAACCAUUAUCCGAAGAGCGGAAAACCGAACUAGCAUCUCCUUCUCCAUCUUGGCGAGCACGGGGGAUUUCGUUCCGACUAUUCUCUCCAUUUUCUCCAUGGACUUAAUUCUGCCAGUAAAAGAGUAGACACAAAGUAACAGUGAUCUGGACAAUUAGUAAAACAAGCGUUACCGCGCAGGUGACGAUAAUGACUUCCGUCUCCAUUUCGCUUGAGAUGAUACUU